CCGGGUUAUUCAGCGCCGCCCAUCAACAAACUAUAAAGUGUUUAGUUUUCGGUUUCGUUUCUGGAGAAACUGAACAUCCUUGUCGCAACCAACGCUCGACAGCAUUAAUUCCGUCUAACGUUGAAAGGAUAAGUGCCGGUGACAUGGAAGCAAAGCUGAAAAGAUUGGAAUGCCCUUUUACUUGGAACAUCAAUGAAUCUGACGUUAAAGACCUUUGCGACAUCCGAGAAAAGCUUCUGGAUCGAGUGAAAUUUGGCCCACGCAGAUACCAUGCGACAUACCUGAACAUACUAGGUUUUGUGAGUCAUCUGCAAGGGGACAAUGAGCGCGCCUUGGAGUUUCUCCUUAAAGGCCAGGAUGUCUUAACGGAGGACAGAAAGGCCGACACGGAGUUUCUGGUAAACUUCGCUAACUUGUCAUGGGUUUAUUAUCAUUCUGGGAAUCUGAAGGACGCCGCGGCCUACCUUAGCAAAGUGGAAGAAAUCUGCAAGGGUGUUCCUGGCUCCUCACAGUAUUCCUGCAGUUUGCCCGUAAUUGAUGGUGAGAAAGGCUGGACCCUCUUAAAGCUUGCGGCCUCGUUUUAUGACCGGGCAAGGAAAAGUUUUCAGAAAGCCCUCCAAGGGGACCCAGACAAUGUGUCCUACAACACAGGAUAUGCGGUGGUCCUCUACCGCAUUGAAGGAAUGAACCGAGACACAACGAUGAAGCCAGACAGCAGUGAGGCCGUUUCUCAGCUUAGGAGGUUGUUACUCUUAGAACCCGAUGAUUCUGAAAUAAAGGUGCUACUGGCCCUGAAACUUCAGAGUAGCAGUAAACAAGAAUCUUUAAGACUUAUUGAAGAUGCCCUCAGGCUGUCUCCCGCUGUCCCCCAGGUGACAAGGUAUGUUGCUAAAUAUUUACGGGCAGAAGGAUCCACUGAGGAAUCCCUGGAGAUUCUCAGAAAGGCGGUAAAACUGGCACCAAAUUCCUCCUUCCUGUACCAUCAGAUUGGACUGUGCCACAGACAACAGCUAAUCCAGAUGUUGCAAACAGACAAGGCGACCAAGUAUAUUCCUGUGGCUCGGAAGAGGGAUAAAACUGAAGAAUGCAUCUAUUAUUUCAGAAAAGCAGUGGAAUUAAAGCCUUCUAACAUACAUGCCCAGGUCAGCUUGGCUGAGGCAUACGCUGAAAACCGUGAGCUGCUUGAAGCAGAGAAGAUCUUCACUGAUUUACUGAAGGACGACUCUCUGCAGGAACCAGACAAGCAGCACUGUCACACCAGGUAUGGUGUGUUUCUCCUGUACAAGAGGAAAGCUGAAGAUCAGGCUGUGGCUCAAUUCAGGAUCGCUUACCAGAUGCAGAUAAAAAGCUCCGACAGGAUGCAAGCAGGAAAGAAGCUCAGGCAGAUAGCAGAGAGGUGGACUCAUGGCCGGCGGAGGGUUAGGGAGGCCUCUGAAAUUCUGGCUUUUCUGUCUGCCAUGGAUAGGCAGAUGCAAGUGGGGGAUUAUGCGAAGAAGUCAAGUGAUUCCUCUUCUGAAUCCGAUGACCUCACAGCUGCCUUUGCGGAAAAAAUGAAACUCAAAUGAAAACCAACACUGAGUCGAGAAUUUCAACUGCAGCACCCCCUGAAGUCGGAGUUCCGACUCGGAAAGCCAGAGGAUCCUCUACUGCCCCGACCGCAGAAUUCAAGAUGGCUGCGCCCUUCAUCAACAGAAGUGAAAGCUGUAGUUUAUAUACUGUUUAUUAGCACUUACAUAUUUGUGUCUCAUUAAAUUGGUUGUACACACAGUACAGUCUAACAAACCACUAUCUGUGGACAUAUUGCUAUGGUUUUUGCAUGUGCUGUAAUCUACUGGUAUUGUUAACAAUAGCUAACAAUGAACGUGGCUAUAACUGGUAUUGCUAAUGAUUUCUGACUUAUACUGCAAUGCUGUUAACUCGGGUGUGACGUUAUUCCCAGCACUGGCUUCCAACCCCCAAGGUAAAUGGAAUGCAGCAUUAGCUACAAUUAGCUAUAUGCUAUGUGCUACAAUGUUAAUGGGGUAAUUAAUGGGAUACUAAUGAAUUCUGUCGCAUGUAAAACUUUGCUUCUUGAAUAAAGCAGAACUGGUAUAUUUUAGAUUAUGCAUUGAACUCUACCUUGAUAAUUUAACGUUAAAUCAAUCAAAUAAUGUUUUAGCAAUCUUACAGCAUCAGUCUUCUUAAGUGCUGUUACUUUUUAUUCUAUGCAUAUUAUGUGGUUCUGUUUUGAUGAGUCUUUCAUCAAUAAAUCAUUCUCAUGAUGUAA